AUGACAGCUGCACAGUACGACCACAUUAUUGAUCUCCCCGCGACAGCGCCUGUCAAUUCUGCUGUGGAUCCGCAUCAGAUAGCAGAGAACUGGCUCAGCAAACUCGAAUCAAUUUUUCAAGAUGGAGAUUUCUCGCAGAUCAAGGACAUCUUCAAUGGAGAUUCGUGGUGGCGCGACAUCGUUUCGCUCCAGUGGGACUUUCGCACUAUUCAUGGAAAUGAAAGGAUUGAACAAUUCCUAAGACAAAACCAGAGACUUGGACCGAUUACCUCCUUCAAACUUGAAGAGAUGGGUCACUUUAAGCCAAAGUUUGAGGUUGUGAAAAAGGAGACCGGCUUUGCGUGGAUUUCUUCUCUUUUCCAUUUCGAGACACGCAUUGGCCGAGGAUCGGGGGUUUUACGAUUGACUCAGGAAAGGCAGGGAGAAUGGAAAGCAUUCUCCGUCUAUACAUCCCUCCAAGAACUCAAGGGGUUUGAAGAGCCACUAGGAACAAAGCGCGCCUAUGGAACGCUAGAUUCCAUGCCUGGUGGUGUAGAAAAAGGAACUUGGCUUGAGCGCCGACAACGUCAACUUGACUUUCUGGAUGAUGAGCCUCAAGUGUUAGUGAUAGGAGCCGGCCAGUCUGGUCUCAACAUAGGAGCUCGAUUGCAAUCACUUGGUGUCUCGACUCUCAUCGUCGAGAGGAACGAUAGAGUCGGGGAUAAUUGGAGACAUCGUUAUAGAACUCUUGUCACGCACGACCCUGCCGAAUUUACUCAUACAGCCUAUCUCCCUUUCCCAAAAAACUGGCCACAGUUUACUCCGAAGGACAAGUUGGCAGAUUGGUUUGAGAAUUAUGCAUCGAUAAUGGAGCUCAAUAUUUGGACAAAGACUAAGGUGACCAAUACAAGCUACGAGGACGUGAAGGGUGAAUGGACUGUGGAAAUCGUCCGCGAUGGGAAGCCACGGACAGUGCGACCUCAUCAUGUUGUAUUCUGCACAGGCCACGCAGGCGAGCCCUUGAUCCCUUCUUUUCCAGGCCAGACCGAGUUCAAGGGGACUGUUUACCACGGGAGCCAGCACGAAGAUGCAUCGAAGUACGAUGUUCGAGGCAAAAAGGUUGUGGUUGUUGGAACUGGAAACAGUGGCCAUGAUAUUUCUGAGAACUUCUGCCAGAAUGGAGCAGAGGUGACCAUGCUACAGCGAAGUGGUACAUAUGUAUUAACCCUAGACAAGGGCGUUUUUAUGCUCCAUGAAGGAAUGCACUGUGAGAAUGGACCACCCACCGAACAGAGCGAUAUAGUAGGCGAAAGUCUACCCUUCCCAGUUCAGUUUGCUCUCAACAUAGAUACGACACAGCGCAUUGCAGACGAAGAAAGAGAAACCAUCGAUGGCCUUCAGCGUGCGGGCUUCAAACUUGAAUGGGGAAUUGACGGCUCAGGAAUUGCGAGACUCUACUACACACGCGGAGGUGGAUAUUAUGUUGAUGUUGGUUGCAGCAAGCUAAUUAUUGAUGGAAAAAUUAAGGUUCAUCAGAGUCCCGAGGGUAUCUCCGGAUUCACACCUGAUGCUGUUGUGCUUAAGGAUGGAACACAUCUCAACGCAGAUGUUGUGGUACUUGCUACGGGAUAUGACAAUAUGAAAACCACAGUGCAAAAAGUGAUGGGGAACAAGGUCGCACAGCGAUGCAAUGAUGUCUGGGACCUUGACGAGGAAGGAGAGCUGAAUGCAAUUUGGCGACCCAGCGGUCAUCCAAACUUUUGGUUCAUGGGUGGAAAUCUCGCCUUGUGUCGCAUCUAUUCCAAGUACUUGGCAUUGCAGAUCAAAGCAGCUGAGGAAGGGCUAAUGCCAUCGUCCAUCCCAAACUAA